AUGUCAACGACUCGCACAGAACCCCUCCCACCCCCGCCAUCCGUCUCCAAGAAGACGAUCCCGAUGGCGGGGCUCCUCGUCGACGUCUACGGCCUCGCCGAGCUCUCCGCCCCCUCCCCCGCCACGCGGCUAACCUGCCUCUGGCUGCACCACCCGCGCAUGCAGACCAAGGAAAUCAUGGGAGAUUUCGCCAGCCGGACCGUAGCGGCGUGGAACGAGCGUCGCAAAGCCAGCGCCAUCGCGGCGGGCAGGGGACUCGUCGCGCUGGCGUUCGACCAGCGGAAUCACGGGACGAGGUUGGUUUCGGAGAUUGCGAACAGGUCGUGGAAGGCUGGGAAUGAGACACAUGCGAUUGAUAUGAUGGGGGCGAUUAGGGGCAUGGUGGAGGAUACGAGGGGGUUGAUGGAUGUUGUGGAGGGGUAUUUGGGGUGUGCGGGGGCGGAGGGGGCGGUGGUGGAUGGGCAUUAUGUGAUGGGGAGGUCGUUGGGGGGUCAUAGUGCUUGGCAGUUGAUGUUUGGGGAUGAGAGGGUUACGGCUGGGGUUAUCAUUAUUGGAUGUCCGGAUUAUAUGGCGCUACUUUCGGACCGAGGACGACGCACUGCUCUGGCUACCUAUAAGUCGGAGGAUGGAGGAGCAUCUUUCCUUGGGAGCAGGCAUUUCCCAAGGGACCUCGUCGAUGUGUGCCGCCGCGCCGAUCCCAAGGGCCUACUCUUCGGGACGGACCCCAUCGCGAUUAACCCUGAUGAGGCGAAGCGUGAGAAAUUGAAGCCCGUCCUGGAUAGGACGAUCAAGGGCAAGAGGUUCCUCUCUUGCUCUGGCGGCGCCGAUAGGCUGGUGCCGUAUCAUAUGGCGGAGCCUUUCAUCAACUUCUUGCAGGGCGCGUCUCGUGGGUGGUAUAAAGAUGGGAAUGUGGUGAUGGACGAUAGAGUGUAUGCGGGUGUUGGACAUGAGUUUAGUGAUGAUAUGAUUAGGGAUUCGGUGGAGUUUUUGAUCCGUGCUUUGGAGGAAGAGGGUAAGAAUAGUGAGGAAAAGGCGCGGAUUUAG